GGUUACGUGCCCGGAAGCAGGAAGUUGUCGGCUUACCCUCCUCGCCGGGCGGCUGCUGUCCCCGAGGCGGGAGGAGCCCGAGAGGGCGCGGGCCGCGCAUGUCUGUUAGGAGUCAAGCCUCCUAAGCCACUGUUAGGAGUCAAGCGCACUUGGAACUUCCCUCUGUGGCAAAGCUCAUUCCUGCCAGAGUUGGAUCUCUCUUUCUUUCUGGAGGGAUUUUGUAUUGGAAGACAUGGAUCUCGCCGCCAGUGAGCUCAGCAUUUAUGACAAACUUUCAGAGACUGUUGAUUUGGUGAGACAAACAGGCCAUCAAUGUGGCAUGUCAGAGAAGGCAAUUGAAAAAUUUAUCCGACAGCUCCUGGAAAAGAACGAACCUCAGAGAGGGCCACCCCAGUAUCCUCUCCUGAUAGCUAUGUAUAAGGUCCUUGUAACCCUGGGAUUAAUCUUGCUCACUGCCUACUUUGUGAUUCAACCUUUCAGCCCAUUACCACCUGAACCAGUGCUUUCUGGAGCUCACACCUGGCGCUCACUCAUCCAUCACAUCCGGCUGAUGUCCUUGCCCAUUACCAGAAAGUAUAUGCCAGAAAACAAGGAAAUUCCUCUGCAUGGGGGUGAUGAAGACAGACCCUUUCCAGACUUUGACCCUUGGUGGACAAACAGCUGUGAGCAGAAUGAGUCGGACCCCAUCCCUGCCAACUGCACUGGCUGUGCCCAGAAAUUACCCCUCAAGGUAAUGCUCCUGGAAGAUACCCCGAAGAAAUUUGAGAGGCUCCAUCCUCUGGUGAUCAAGACCGGACAGCUCUUGUUGUCCAAGGAGCUUCAGCAUUUUCUGUGCCAGUACCCUGAGGUCACGGAAGGCUUCAGCGAAGGGUUUUUCACCAAGUGGUGGCGCUGCUUUCCCGACCGGUGGUUCCCAUUUCCUUAUCUGUGGAGAAGACCUCUAAACAGAGCACGCAUUUUACGUGAGCUUUUUCCUGUUUUCACCUACCUGCCAUUUCCAAAAGAUGCCUCCUUAAAAAAGUGCUUCCUUCUUCAACCAGAACCUAUCGUGGGUAGUAAGAUGUAUAGAAUGCAUGACCUGUUCAUCGUUGGCAGUGGUGAGGCCAUGUUGCAGCUCAUUCCUCCUGACCAGUGCCGAAGACACUGCCAGUCGGUAGCGAUGCCCCUAGAGCCCGGGGAUAUUGGCUAUGCCGGUGCCACCCACUGGAAGGUCUACGUGAUAGCCAGAGGGGUCCAGCCUUUGGUCAUCUGUGAUGGAACCACCCUCUCAGAACUAUAGGAAACAAGAGCUGUACAGAGGAACAACUUCGAGAACUGAAGAUCAGAUUGAAAGGGGAGAAAUAAAAACGAUGAAACCACUUUCCAAGGUCACUUAGUUACCUACCCUGUGCAUGCGUGUAUGAGCCAGCCAUAUGCUGGAGGCCAUGGCCAGAGCCUGGCCCUCCCGACUCUUCCAGCCUAGUUGCUUGGCCAGGACUUUGCCAGUACCUACCUGUGAGAGAUUGGGCUCUCCCAUCUUCCACACCUUUUGGAACCACAGCCUCGAGGCUGCCCCUCAAGCAGGAAACAGGAUUGGUGCCUUACCUUACUCGCAUGGCAUGAUCCCUUCUGCUGGCUCCCUGGCCACAGAGAGGGCAGCCAGCAGGUCCAGACUUCAGAGCCGUCCCUCACCAGGUGGUCCUGCUUGUCCUGUCUUCCUGGCCACACCACCCUGUACUUCUUUUGAAAGCCAUAGCUGAUUAAAGAAGUCAUUGCAGUUUCCCCAGCAGCACAGAAUGUAGAACCCAUGAAACAGGAUUAAGUAAUCUCAUUGCACUCAAGAAAAGCACCGCUUUCCCAGUGUCCCAUGACUCUUGGAGUCUCAGUGAUGCCAGGUUGGAGUGUGAUUAUAAUUGAAAUGGUAAUUCCUAAGGUAAUACUUGCCUCCAUUUGAUCAAGUUCUUAGGCCUACCCCCACCCCAACCCCUUCUUGCUUGGCUUGCAGAAGCUGGACUCCCCGUCCUCCCUCGCUGGCAGGUCCAGAGCCCUGGACUGCUGAGGCAGCACAGCUUCUGUCAGCUGGGUUGGUUUACCAAGUGUCUUCAGAGGGGAUGAGUUAGAGUCCUGGCCUGGGGAGAGGGUGCCUCCCCGGGUUUGAUCUUUAGGGUCCAGCUUUCUGCAGGGAAGAUGUUUUACAGAUGUGUCAAGCUGAUGUUGUAAUAUGGUUGGGGAAGGAACUCCAGACCCAACGUGUUUGCCAGCUGGGUGUGCGACUCUGGGAUCCUCUGUCUUGAAAUGAUUUCUUUCUCCUGGGAAACAAGGUGAGGUAUUUUUAUCGUUUGUAAAAAUAUAAAGCUAUGUUCUUUCAGUUGGGUGAUUCCCUAUGCUCACUGUUUUCUCCAAGUGCUUUUAAUAUGUAUUAGUUAAAUGGUGUAAAUGAGGGCAUACUUUUCUUCCUCUUUUUUCCCCCCUUAUUCCUUUAUUGAUGCUGCUAUUUUGAUACCUGGCUUCUAGUCACGCUGUUGCCAAGCUGAAGAAAAAAGCCUGACUGUGGCCCUUUGGUUCUGAAUCGCAGGAAUCAGAUGAGUACAGGGACCAUGGCAGAGUGGACCAGAGCAGACAGUGGCGAGAGAAGGGGGUGUGACUCCUUGCAGGGUCCUUCCUCUGCAUCCUUGGAGGUGGCCUUGGACCUUAUCCCUGGGCUCUCUCUUAGCACAUCUCCUGAGCAGCGUUGGGGAUCAGCAAGGCACUGAAAGGCUUGUUUGUGGGUCUGUAAAGGACAAGAAUGGUUCACAGAGCUCAGGGCGGAACUAAUUGGCCUCUAUGGACUUCAGUGAAAUUAGGAUAAAUGGUACCUGAGGGAAUUUUUCCUUAAACAAGUCUGUGCCUUGUGUGGGUUAAUACAGGCAAAACAAAAUUUUUUGUAGAUAUAAAAGUCAUGCUGCUAAGCAGUUAUGAUUUAAGAGGUUUUAUUUCAGAGGGAUCAUCUUGAGGCCAGCUUUGCGCAAGCUUUUAGGGCCUUUGCAGUGUCCUUACCCCUGCUGCGCAUGGAGAAUUAUAUGUAAACAAGUUCUUCAGAGUUUUCUUCAUUUGGGCCCUUUGGGUUAACAAAAGAGAGGGUUCCCUAGAAGAAAAAGAAACUUUUGGUGACUGAGAUUUCUGUUUUGUCUUUAUGAAUUACCCUGUGUUCCUUCUCCAUUUCAUUCCUGCCCUUCAUACCUUCAAUGUUCAUAAAAUAUCCGCUUCAGCUCAAAACUUUGAAAACUUUGAAAACCCUUGUAUGUGUUGCUGUUCUGAGGUCUCUCCUGGAAAGUCCCCUAAGCCCCUGAGCUGUCUACAGUUCAACCAAAAAAAUGGUGUGGCAACAAAGAAGCAGAGAUUUUUGUGCAUUUCCUACUCUAAACUUAAAAUCUAUCCUGUUCAGAGUUGAAGGUCAAUUUCUGUUAAGGGAGGAAUUUUCCGAAGAGAGUUUUCCCCUCUUAAUUACUGGAUACGUAGAAGUAAUUUGCCUUCUUCUCAAGGCAGUUCUGACAAGCAGAAUACAGGAAUGGCUCCCCUCAGGAAUGGCCUAAUUGGCAGCCCGAGGCCUUGUGUGAGGGUGCUGCUCACCCAGCUCUCGGCUUUUUGGGGAAGUGGCGGAAGUCCCUCCACAUGACCCCGUGUGCAGAAGAGAGUCAUCAAGAUGAGGUGUAAGGGUGAAGGGCAAGUAUACUUGUCCGAUAUUGGUAACACAUUAUACCUGUUCAGGCUUAUAAAAAGAGGCAGAACUUACCCUCUCCCCACUCUCAAUUUUUUUAGAGAAGGGAGGGAGUAAAAUAAUAGGGUUUUGAGCAUAGAAUCUAGGGGCACCUGGCUAGCUCAGUCAGGGAAGCAUGCCACUCUUGAUCUCAGGGGUUAUAAGUUCGAGACCCAUGUUGGGUGAAGAGAUUACUUAACAAUAAAAUCCUAAAAAUUAACAAACAGAAUCUACGUAUUUGGUGAGAAACGAAACAGUUUUAAGAAAUGGGUAGGUUAUGGGGCACCUGGGUGGCUUAGUGGGUUGAGCCUCUGCCUUCUGCUCAGGUCAUGGUCUCGGGGUCCUGGGAUCGGUCCCCACAUUGAGCUUUCUAUUCAGCAGGGAGCCUGCUUCCCCCUGCCUCUCUGCUACUUGUGAUCUCUCUCUCUCUCUAGCAAAUAAAUAAAUAAAAUCUUAAAAAAAAAAAAUGGCAGGUUUAGGCUCGUUUUCUAAGGAUAAGAAUGGUAAUGUUUGUCCAGUCCAUUCUAAGAGGGCCUCAGUCUCCGUGGUCUUCUUUAAUUGUUACUCAGUCCUGUCGAGUAGGUGUUAAAGCCUCAUUUUUCGGAAAACCUGGGCUUAGAACAGUUACCUGCUGGUCAGUAGGUUGUUGGUUUUGCAGCUCAGUUUCGCUGCCUCAGUACAGCCUGGUGCCCAAGAACCUAGCUGUGGGUUUAGUUGCCUGGGGCGUGUCCCCACUGGGUCAAGAGAACCUCGGGGUAGGGUCAGCAAGUCAGGAACUCUUCAGGGUUUGUUUUCAAGAUUGUUUUAGACAGAAAGGGAACAGAAGAGGAUCUAACCAGAUGACUUUUAUAAAAAUCCUUUCACUUUCUCCCUCCCCAUUUGAAAACUCUUUAGAGUGAGCGUGGCUGGAACACAACUGUGUCCAGCCAUUUUCCCAUCACACAUGUUUCCAGAUGUGUGACCAGAAGAGGGACUUUGCCCAGUUCCAGUUGUGGCUCCCUUUAGAGUUUACCUCACUUGUUUUUCAGCUCUCUGUUUUCUCAUCCCUUCUUCCCAAACCCAGCAUAGGCCUCUGUGUAGGAGCAAUUUGUUUUUUAAAAAACUGUCAGUCUCCUUCUCUGCUGGUGAUGGCCUCACUCAUUUUAAUAUAGUCUGGGAUGAGAGUUUGUUCCUUAACCAGUGGCUUCCAUAAUGAACAUUCAAAAGCCCAAAGCAAAUGUUCAUUUUUCACCUAAUCCUUGCCUGCAGGAGGCGGCCAAGUUGUAGGGGAAAGAGCCAGAGCUCUCUGGUUGCGUGGAGACAAGUGAUCAUGACUUUUUGAGAAUCAGUUCUUGAUCAGAAGGGUCUUUUAGGCUUUUGAGCUCUCCUGGUGAUGGAGGAGAAACUCUCCUAAAUUCACGAGUUCACACUCAGUAGCUUUAAGUGGUGACCCAUCCCUAACUAAAACUGGUCAAAGGAAAGCAAUGCAGAAUGUGCUUUAGAUGGCAUUUCCCCCCUUUUUUUAAAUUUUAAAUUUCGGUUAACAUACGGUGCAGUAUUGGUUUAAGUGGCAUUUUAGAUUGGGAUUCUGUGUUUGGAGCUACGCAUGUUGUGCACAGCGCCGACAGGUGUUGGGACCAGGAGGCCAGGAAGGGGCCAGUGCUUAUGGGGAUAACCCUGUAGCGAAUGAAAAAUGGGAGGCUCUGGAAAUAACGCUGUGUCGCCAUCAGCGUGCAUCUCCCCGGCCUCCCUACCCCCAGUCUCCCGAUAUCUUCCCAAAGAAGCAGCUUCUUCCACAAAAGCGUCUCCAAGAAGAUGGACAGGUGCUUCCCUGUUGUGCACCACACCCAAGUUGGCCCACCCUUGGACACAGUACGGUUUUAUGCGCUGGCCUUGGUGAGAAACCAUCCAGCCAGCUUGUCUCUCGUCCAGGUCCCUUAGUGUCUGGUUUCCCUGCCCUGCAUAAUUUAAGCAUUAGAGCUAAGUACAUCUGUCAUUUUCCUCUCUCCAGAGACUGGGAAAUGUCCAGAGUUUUUCAGAAGAGUGGAGAGAAGAAAUGUUAUGUAACUCCUAGUGUAGGCCUGGAACUGUCCAGACAUGGUGGGACUGGGGCUGAGCUGGAAACCAUUCCCCCUCCACUUUGUGCGUCUUUUAGUCGGCGUGGAUCCAAGCGUGAGCCCCAGCUGCAGAUACCUGAGCAGAGAAGGGAAACCAGACUAGAGUCAGACAGAAACUGGGGAGUCAGGCCAUCAGGGUGUGCCAAACUUUAUUUACAUUUCCUCACAACAGCUCUGUGGGGUAGGGGAGGUCACCCUGUGAAGCCACCUUUACUCAAAGAUCAGCUGUGUCCCAGCCUCCAAACUCUAGCCCCUCGGGACACUUUUGGCCCUUUCAGGAACAAGCUCUUGCCCACAAGAAUUCAUGACAGGUUCAGACAGACACAAGGCAUUCCCAAGAACCCUUAAUCUCAUCAUGACCAGCAACUUUGCCCCCAAACUUCUUGUCAUAGUGUCCCCCCUCAGAAACGUGCCAGCUGUGAUCUCCUCUCUCCUGCAGAAGGGUCAAUAACAGGUGUCUAGGCUGGGGGAGCAGACUGGAGGGCAGAGCUAAGCCAGCAACUCCUGCUCAGCCUCUUCCCUGCCCAGGGAAAGGUCUUGGGAUAGCUGCUGUGCAUCUUCAGGGAACCAGGGAAGGUCCUGAUAGGCAGAGGGAGACGGAUACCUGUCCCAACCGUGCAUGUGUGCUGUUCUAAUAUGUAUUCGAUGCAGAAUGUUGACGGUAACUUAAUGUACUGCAAGCUUGUAAAGACUUCUGUCAUGUAAAGAAUGUAUGUAAAUUAAAGUUUUAUGAAAUGAAAGCUCUUACUUUUGCAAUUAAAAGUGUGUAUGUUGGUUGAUAAGAA